UGAAUACAUAAAUUGCUCAGUCAGUUAGAACAAUUUUUAGACAGACAUCUGGACUCUUCACAGACAUUGUUUUACAGUAUGAAAGCUUUUCUGGCACUUAUCUUGACUAUUGGAUUUAUUAAACACGUGUACUCGCAGUGUGAAUCAGCAUGUCUUCAUGAUGAACUAUGUGUAACAAAUGAUUCAACUUUACCACCAUCUUUUUAUUGCACGUGCAAUUCAGUAAUGUACGACAAUUUCAAUAAUCCAGAUUUUCCAUCACUUCUCACUGGGACACCUUUCUCUUGUCACCCGCAGUACUUUGCCAUAAGCAUAUCGUUAUGCUUAGACAGGGCAAUGAAAAUGUUUGACAUUCAACUUCCAGAUGACAACAUAGAAGAUAAUCCAUGUUUUGCUUAUGGAAAUCCACAAGAUGGCAUAACUGAAUAUGUUUUCAGUAUCAGUUCAGCAACUGACUGCCAAGCAACAACUUCAAUAAAUUCCACUCAUGUAACCUACAGUGUUCCUAUCUGGUUCAGAUAUAAUAAUACUGGCAAAUUUGUCAUCCUCCAUAAUGACCUAAAGAUAGUCUACACAUGCUCUUACCCACUAAGUAUGAACACGAGCCUCGACAUGAAUCUGAAUCCACUGAUAAGUACGAACAACAUAACUGUUACAGGAACUGGGACUUACACCACUAUAAUGCAGUUAUACAGGUACUCAGAUUACACUGGUGUCUACACAAUAGCAGACAUGCCCUUAUCCUUAACAGUAGAAACACCUUUGUACAUAGGAGCAAGCAUACUAUCAGCUGAUCCAAGGCUUUCCAUGAAGGUGACUUCUUGCUAUGCAACGCCAACGAGUAACUCAAACGAUGAAACAAAAUACAACAUUCUCACUAAUGACUGUCCAAUACCAGGAUCUCCUGGUGUCUCUUUUAAGAUUGAUGGAAAUGGCUCUGUGGUUCAGUUUUCCUUCAAGCUCUUCAAAUUCACCAGUUCUCCUAAAGUGUAUCUGCACUGCAUCUUUUACCUCUGUUAUGGAACAUGUGUUCCGAGCUGUGGAGGUAAAUCUGCUGCACUACCAAAAUCUUUGGCCGAAACAAAAUUAUCUGCAGGUCCCAUUGCGUUGCAAGAUAAUGCCUCAUCACUUUCUGCAUCAGCUUCUGUGUGUUUCAACAAGUGGCAGCCCGAGCAGUUUGUGUACAAGUUUGUUUUUCAGCACAGUGGAUUGUUUUUAGUUUUUUUAUCUGCUAUGGCUAACAACUCUUUUGAAAACACACCGAAUGCGCUAAAGGAUUCGAAUGUGGAAUCGGAAUCUAUGAGUAAGCUAUCUAUGUUAAACGAUAUGCUAUCACAGAAAGUUGAUUUAAUGAACGUAAGGUUGGAUGCAGUGACUACUGUGCAGCAGCAACAACAGGACCGAACGGUCACCAUGAAUUCUGGUCAAUUAAUGCAACCAGGGCAAGUAGCCACUAUGCAGCAGCAUCAACAGGACCGAAUGGUCACGAUGAACUCUGGUCAGCUAACGCAAAUGGGAUUAGCAGCUUUUAAUAACUUCCAACCAGGAUGA